ACUAAUGGAUAGGGCCGUGAUGAUAUUAUUAAAUGACAAUAAAAGCAGUGGUAUCGCUGUUUCUCGGCAUUGGUUGAAAAGACGGUUCGUUACCUUCGACACGCCAUACUUGUCUUUACACGGGCCAAGGUGUUGAUUCUCAGACGUACUAUAACGGGUGUACACAGACUUCAAUUAGUACCCGACAGACAACACUGGGAGAUACAUCACCUUAUACAACCAGCGAGCAGUUUGUGUUAUUCUUACCUAGUCAGAGUUCAAAACUUUUCACGUUGGAGACAUCAAUUUAUUCUGGAUUUCUUCCUUUCUGAAAUAGUUUGUCAGUGUUUGGACUAUUAACACCAUGCAUCACCUGCCGUAUUAUUACACAUCUGAACAGAUUAAAUCCUACCAGAACAGUAUGUUAGCGGCGGCUGCUGCUUCCGGGAACCAGUCUCUUUUCACCAUAGAGAGUAUUCUGGCUCCUCGACCCCUUCUUGCCCAUAGGCCAUCUCCUUACUUCCCAUACCCUAGCCUACACCACUCGGCACAGGACAUCUUUGCUGCUGCAUACAACCCUUUUCCCGGUCUGAUGAACCCAGCUGAUCUCGCACGUGCAGGCCAAAAGCGGAAACGACGUCAUAGGACAAUUUUCACAGAGGAACAGUUAGAAGAUUUGGAAGCCACCUUUAAUAAAACACACUAUCCCGAUGUCCUACUGAGGGAAGAAUUGGCAAUGAAAAUAGACUUAAAGGAGGAAAGAGUUGAGGUUUGGUUCAAGAACAGGCGUGCAAAAUGGAGGAAGGUUAAGCGAGAGGAAGAAGCCGCAAGAAGACUCUCUGAGGCAGCACAAAAAGGCGAGCUGGAUCCUAAAUCAGACAAGAGUGAAAACGAGACUGGCGCGUCAUGUGGUUCACAAAUCAACAAGAGUACUGACUCAGACAGUGAUUGUUUCUCUCACCGAAGUACAGACUCACCUAAAAUAGACAUUGAAAAUGAAAUCAUUGAGUCAGAAGACGAAGACACAAACACAACCGGUGCUCGCCUUUCAUCAAGUCCAAUGCCAUCUUCUAGUCAUUCACCAACGUCAUGAGAUGGUCAUAUCGAUACAGAUUUUCAUUUAACUUAAAAUGUUCUUAACAUCGUAGUGCUUUGCGUGUACUGCGGUAUAUAAUUGGUAACCAAGGAUAUCAAACGCCUCUGCGAGCUCAAACACGUGAGCUUGAAUGUUUUGCUGUGAAUCCUGAUGGUGCAGUUUAUCUGUGAUACAAACAUACAUGUAACCAAGACGUGUUAUCUGGUCAGUGGCCCAAAUUUAAGCAUUACAAGGACAAAGAUGAUAGCAUCGACAUUAAGUGUUGUCUUUUGUCAAUUUUUGAGCAUUAGCAAAUCAAUCUUUUUAUUGGUGAAUCCCAGUGAGGCUGUGCAAUGUAUGAAAGCGCGUGCGUUGUGUGUUUUGUGUCCAAACAUAUCUUAAAACCACAUCACUUUGUUAACUCAAAUUUGAUUGGUUGGGUGUUGGCAAUGAAUCUCAGAGUCAUUGGAUGGCGUCUAGUAAUACUCAAAUAGUGUUUAAAAGGAGAAUGAAAGUGCGUGUAUGUGUGUGUGUGAUCAAAAUGACGAAUGGUGGCUGAUGCUUUUAAAAAUGAGCCAUGGGGCUUUGUAUUUAAUGUUUCUUUUUAAUUAUCCAAAUACUCUAUUAUGUUAAUUAUGACAAGCCUAGUAGCAAUUCCCCUUUCUUACAAUAUACUUUUUAUAACUUUACGAAAUUCUAUUUAAACAGUGAAGGAUUGUAAUAUAUGUGGCGUUCGCUGCACACGGCACUGUUGGCUAUGAGGUUUUAAGGAGAAUUUGUGAACUAGUGCAUGUCUACGUGUUGUGUAUAAAGGUACUUCUGUAUGUCAGAACCUAGUAAAGUGGUCUAAUAAAAUAUGAAAAACUAUAAAUCAA